AUGUCAUCUACUUCGAAGUAAUUGGUGUUUCCUCCCAUCGGUAAACAUAUCGAGGAUUUACAACAUCAGUUGAAAGAGUCUGUUCAACAAUACAAGGCGGACAGAAAUAGAGAAUACAAAGAUGUAAAGAAGAAGAGAUUGAAAGAAAUUAAUGAAGAGAAUAAAUACAAGAUCUUUCAUCGAAAGGGUAGAUUUCAUUUUCUAAAUUAGUUUUCAAUUCUCAAAGCAAACAAUAUGGAGGUAUAUUCGAGAAGGAAAAGGAUAUAUAUUUAUGUAAGGAACCCUUAAUAAAUGAUUAUCUGAAAUAUCACAUAAUAGAGCCAUAAAGAAACUUAGAGAAAGGACUAAUUGAAAGUAGAUAAUUAAGCUUAAAUUAGUUAAAACUGGAACAAAAGAGUUUUUGGAUGCCAGUUGUUUUGGUGAAGUUCCAUUAUAGAAAUUAGGAGAAAAGGAAAGAAAGUUAAGAGAAUUUUGGAUAAAGGAAGGGGAAAGACAAGCAAAGAUCAGAUAUAAGGCCCUAAUAGAUUCACAAACAGGAGUGUAAAAAAAAGUAAAUCAAUCGAAAAGAUUGAAAGAAUUAAAAGUCUUUAUCCCAAAUAAAUUCACUCUCGAUUUAUUUGAUGAACAUCCAUCAUAAAUUUUAGCAUUAACGUAAUUACACGUAAUUAAACUAUUAGACAAUUACAUUCACAUUCAAAAACUAUGAAAUGGAAACCCAAUAGUUUUUAUGGGGAAGUAUUCGAUAAUAGUUUCUGCAAGUUAUCUGAUUAAAACAAAUCUAUAUUAAAAGAUCUUGAAAAGUCAGAGUAACUAGAAUGA